GUUGCUUGUUGCCGGACCACGUGGCCGGCGGGGCUCUGUGCGGCGACCCGAGAGAGAGAGAGAGGAGAUAGAGGGAGAGAGAGAGAGGGACAGAUAGCAGCCUCCACCACCCCCACCACCACCAGUCCAUCCUUCAGUGCCUUCGCCGCAGUGCCGAUCGAGACACCGCCGACCUCCGCCGUCCGUCCUCCGUGCUUCGUCCUCCGCCGCCGCCGCCUGGAGGAGUUUGCGGGCGCGGCGUGUGGUGCCCGAGCCGCCCAUGAUCUGGUGAAGGUGUGCGUGCCAUGACCGUGACGGGGGGCGCCAUGAUGCAGACCAUGCAGCCUUGCUUCGUCGGGUACCCUUUCCAAGGGAUGACCUCACCGGCAGGUCAGGGGCGGGUCAACCAGCUUGGGGGAGUGUACAUCAACGGCCGCCCUCUGCCCAACCAUAUAAGGCUCAAAAUUGUGGAGAUGGCAGCUGCUGGGAUACGCCCUUGUGUCAUCUCCCGCCAGCUGAGAGUGUCCCAUGGCUGUGUGUCCAAGAUCCUCAACCGAUACCAGGAAACGGGGUCAAUCCGGCCUGGGGUCAUCGGAGGCUCCAAACCAAGAGUAGCCACGCCGGAGAUCGAAAGGAAAGUGGCGGAUUACAAGAAGGAAAACCCAGGUGUCUUCUCGUGGGAAAUAAGAGACAGACUCAUCAAGGACGGCCUCUGCGACAGAAACACGGCGCCCUCAGUCUCCGCCAUCUCCAGACUCCUGAGGGGAAAGGAAGAGGACGACGACCCGAAGAAAGCCAAGGAUGCCAUGAAGCACGCCAGCUCUGGAUCAGACAUAGAGGACGGCGGAUCUGAGGAUGAAGACGACCCACAGAUGCUUCUCAAACGCAAGCAGAGGCGCUCCAGGACAACCUUCACCGCUCACCAGUUGGACGAGUUGGAGAAAGCCUUCGAACGCACCCAGUACCCUGACAUCUACACGAGGGAGGAGCUGGCGCAGAGAACCAAGCUGACGGAGGCGAGGAUACAGGUUUGGUUCAGCAACAGAAGAGCGCGUCUUCGAAAGCAAAUGGCCUCGGGAAGCAUGACUAACUUCAACGCAAUGGGCCUGCCAAUGUCCUAUCACUCAGCCCCCUCCUCCUACGUGUUCCAAGGAUUCUCAGACCCCGGGGCCACCUUCUCAGCGCAGCCCCAGGAUGGGUCGGGGCUGUACCAGGGGGGCGCUGCGCCAAGCUUGCAUCAAGGAGCCCUCGCAUCUGAAGCCCGCGCCGCCAACAUGAGUGUGGCCGCCGCCGCCGCCGCCGCCACCUACCCCGCUAUGAGCGCCGCGCUGUCCACCUCCUCCUCCUGCCCCACCUCCCCUUUCAUCUCCCAGCAGACGGCAGGCGGCAUGUGCGGGGGACAGGGAGCGGGAGUGGCACCAGCAGGGGUAACCUCCCCCCUCACCACUGCACCCCCUUCCUCCUGGGCAUCCAACCAGCUGAGGGGGGCAAUGGGGGGCGCGGCAGGCUCCUCCCCCACCGCCGGCCCCACCCUCACGCCCACGCCCUUCACGCACGGCCUCGCCCACCACACCCGCGCGCCCGCACAGCAUUUCCCCGCCACAAUGUAUUCCUGGUACUGAGCCGCCCUUGUACAGAUCCGGGAGGCGCCACACACACACACACACACACACACACACACACACACACA